UCACAUUGUAUUAAUGAGCACAAAAUAGGAGCAAGCCGCAAAAUUUUCUUUUCAAGAAUAAAACUGAAAUAAGAGCGAACUUUGAAAAAUUAGGGUUCGCUAAAAUAUAAGUAUAAAAAGCACAUAAAAAACGUGUUUCAGCACGCCAAAUAAUACGAAAUAUUCAAGAGGCGUUCAAUAAAGAAAUCGCAAGGCAUGGACACUGCGUCUGACAACGACAGUGAUGAAGGCUCCAUUGGCGGCAAUGCUGCAAAUGAUAUGGGAAUUGAUCUAACUGGUAUAUUAUUUGGAAACAUUGAUUCAGAGGGCAAACUUGUGGACGACGAUGGUGAUAAAGGGCAUGCAUUUGAUGCGGAGCUGCGCGAAAAUCUAAGUUCUUUGUCCAAAUUGGGUCUGAAUUCACUCUUGAACGAAGUGAUUGACCAGCAUGCUGGUGUCAAUUCCGAUGAGGAUGUGGAGGAGAAGUCGACUGCAGAGUCUGCUGAAGCUUUGAGCGCCUUUGAUGCCUUGAAGGCUGGCCUAAGCAAUGAGGCCAACGAGGAUGGUGCCAUUAAAGCCCAAGAUGAUGCAAUCGAUUAUUCGGAUAUAACUGAAUUAUCCGAGGACUGUCCACGCACACCAUCGCCUCCACCACAGCAAGCAGACGAAGUAGCAUCAAUUUUUGACGACCUGGAGGAUGCGAUACCAGCUACGAAAGUAGAGGCCAAGUCCACUAAGGACGACAAGGAAUUAAUGCCGCCGCCUAAUGCGCCAGUGCGAAAUGUCGGCGCAACGUCCUCUGGUAACGAAGAAUCCCCAACAAAAACGGGAAUGGCAGAUGGGUCUGGCGCCAAUGAUGCAAAGGCAUGCGAUACAAAAGCCGACGCAGAUCGUCGUCUGGAUACGCCCCUGGCGGAUAUAUUACCCUCUAAAUACCAAAACGUCGAUGUUUGUGAGCUCUUUCCCGACUUUCGACCACAAAAAGUGCUGCGUUUUUCUCGCCUGUUUGGGCCGGGUAAGCCCACCAGCUUGCCACAGAUCUGGCGGCACGUACGCAAGCGUCGACGCAAGCGCAAACAAUCGCGUGAUCAAAAAACAAGCAACACAGGUGGUUCGGAUUCGCCAAGCGAUACGGAGGAGCCCCGUCGACGUGGUUUUAGUCUUAAUUUCGGUCCAGAGCCAACGCCUGCACAAUGCAUGUCCGAUGAUGAGGACAAGUUGUUGAGUGAUCUGAAUAGCGAGGAUGUACGACAGGAGGGACCGGACAAUGGUGAAAAUAGCGAUCAGAAGCCAAAAGUCGCUGAUUGGCGCUAUGGACCCGCACAAAUCUGGUAUGAUAUGCUGGAGGUGCCCGAUUCUGGUGAGGGAUUCAACUAUGGCUUCAAGAUCAAACAGGAUAAAUCAUCGUCACAAUCCAAGUACUCCAAUGAGCGCUCAGAAAAUGGGGUCGAUAAAAAUGUCGAUCAACAGCUUAGUAUUGCGGACGAUGCUUUUCUUAUGGUCUCCCAGUUGCAUUGGGAGGAUGAUGUGGUCUGGGAUGGCAACGAUAUUAAGGCCAAGGUACUGCAAAAACUCAACUCCAAGACCAAUGCAGCAGGCUGGCUGCCCUCGAGUGGCUCUCGUACAGCAGGCGCUUUCAGUCAACCGGGUAAGUCCGCCUUGCCAGUCGGAAACAGCGGCGGGAAUAAUGGUGGCAACAGUGGCAAGCAAAACUCUGGUUCGAAUAAAAAGUCGUUGCAGAGUGCUGCUCAAAACAAGCAAGUGGAGGCUGCUGAUGAUACUUGGUACAGCUUGUUUCCCGUGGAGAACGAGGAGCUUAUCUAUCACAAGUGGGAGGACGAGGUCAUUUGGGAUGCCCAGCAGAUGAUCAAAGUGCCCAAACCGAAAGUCUUAACUUUGGAUCCCAAUGAUGAAAACAUUAUACUUGGCAUACCUGAUGACAUAGAUCCAUCUAAGAUUAACAAGAACACUGGGCCGCCGCCUAAGAUUAAGAUUCCGCAUCCACACGUUAAAAAAUCAAAAAUAUUGCUUGGCAAGGCUGGUGUGAUCAAUGUGCUAGCCGAAGAUACACCACCACCGCCACCCAAGAGCCCAGAUCGUGAUCCGUUUAAUAUAUCUAAUGACUCCUAUUACACGCCCAAAACGGAGCCCACACUGCGUCUUAAAGUGGGUGGAGGCAAUCUCAUACAGCACUCGACUCCGGUUGUAGAGCUGCGUGCUCCGUUUGUGCCUACGCAUAUGGGACCGAUGAAGCUGCGUUCCUUCCAUCGUCCGCCGCUAAAGAAGUUUUCACACGGUCCACUCUCGCAGACCAUUCCGCAUGCUGUUUAUCCAUUGCUGAAACAUAUUGUAAAGAAAGCCAAACAACGCGAGGUGGAGCGCAUUGCUUCUGGUGGCGGCGAUGUUUUCUUUAUGCGCAAUCCCGAGGAUCUGAGCGGCAAAGAUGGUGAAAUAGUUUUAGCUGAGUUUUGCGAAGAGCAUCCGCCGCUUAUGAAUCAAGUGGGAAUGUGCUCCAAGAUUAAGAACUAUUACAAGCGGAAAGCCGAAAAGGAUAGCGGUCCUCAGGACUAUCUCUACGGUGAAGUGGCCUUUGCUCAUACGAGUCCAUUUCUGGGUAUUCUGCACCCGGGUCAGUGCAUACAAGCACUGGAGAACAAUAUGUAUCGCGCACCUAUUUAUCCACACAAAAUGUCCGCUACGGAUUUCUUGAUCAUUCGCACGCGUAACAGCUAUUGGAUACGUGUAGUGAAUGCUAUUUUUACUGUAGGGCAGGAGUGUCCUCUGUACGAAGUGCCUGGACCCAAUUCAAAGAGAGCCAACAACUUUACACGUGAUUUCUUACAGGUCUUCAUUUACCGUCUGUUCUGGAAAAGUCGCGAUAAUCCACGUCGCAUACGCAUGGAUGAUGUGAAGCGCGCUUUUCCGGCCCACUCAGAGAGCAGCAUACGUAAACGUUUGAAGCAAUGUGCUGACUUUAAACGCACAGGCAUGGACUCCAAUUGGUGGGUCAUUAAGCCAGAGUUUCGACUGCCCUCCGAAGAGGAAAUACGUGCCAUGGUGUCGCCCGAGCAAUGCUGUGCGUACUUUAGCAUGAUAGCAGCAGAACAGCGUCUAAAGGAUGCGGGCUAUGGUGAGAAAUCGCUCUUUGCUCCUCAAGAGGAUGAUGACGAGGAGGCGCAACUCUUGGACGAUGAGGUUAAGGUGGCGCCCUGGAAUACCACGCGUGCCUAUAUACAAGCGAUGCGUGGCAAGUGCCUGCUGCAGCUGAGUGGACCAGCCGAUCCCACUGGCUGUGGCGAAGGCUUCUCCUAUGUGCGCGUGCCAAAUAAGCCCACGCAAACAAAAGAGGAGCAGGAAUCGCAGCCUAAACGGUCGGUUACCGGAACGGAUGCCGAUUUGCGUCGUCUGCCGCUGCAGCGGGCCAAGGAGCUGUUGCGCAAGUUUAAAGUGCCUGAGGAGGAGAUCAAGAAACUGACUCGCUGGGAGGUCAUUGACGUGGUACGCACACUGUCCACAGAGAAGGCCAAGGCUGGUGAAGAGGGUAUGGAUAAAUUCUCGCGUGGAAAUCGCUUUUCCAUUGCCGAACAUCAGGAACGCUAUAAAGAGGAGUGCCAGCGUAUCUUUGAUCUACAGAAUCGUGUGCUUGCUAGCUCUGAGGUAUUGUCCACUGAUGAGGAUGAAUCCUCGGCUUCCGAAGAAUCUGACCUGGAGGAGCUAGGCAAGAAUCUCGAGAAUAUGUUGGCCAAUAAGAAAACAUCUACACAGCUAUCGCUUGAGCGUGAGGAGCAGGAGCGUCAAGAGCUGCUGCGCCAGUUAGAAGAAGAGCAGGGCGAUGGAGCCAGCAAAGCGGCCAAAGCUAAAGAGGAGGCUACACAGCAACCAAUGGCCAACAACAAUCAAGGACGCAUUUUACGUAUAACUCGCACCUUCAAAGGAAACGAUGGCAAGGAGUACACGCGAGUGGAGACGGUUCGCCGCCAAGCGGUGAUUGAUGCUUAUAUUAAAAUACGCACCACUAAGGACGAACAGUUUAUUAAACAAUUCGCCACGCUGGACGAGCAGCAGAAGGAGGAGAUGAAGCGCGAGAAGCGUCGCAUCCAGGAGCAAUUGCGUCGUAUCAAGCGCAACCAGGAGCGUGAGCGCUUAGCACAGCUGGCACAAAAUCAGAAGCUUCAGCCAGGCGGCAUGCCCACUUCUCUGGGCGAUCCUAAGAGCUCGGGAGGGCAUGCGCACAAGGAGCGCGAUAACAGCCACAAAGAGGUCAGUCCGUCGCGUAAGAAAUUUAAGCUGAAACCGGAUCUCAAACUUAAGUGUGGCGCCUGCGGUCAAGUAGGUCAUAUGCGCACCAACAAGGCUUGCCCUCUAUAUACGGGCAUGCAGAGCAGUUUAUCGCAGUCGAAUCCGUCGCUGGCUGAUGACAUGGACGAGCACAGUGAGAAGGAAAUGAAUAUGGAUGACGAUGACUUGGUUAAUGUAGACGGAACCAAGGUUACACUCAGUAGCAAAGUGCUCAAACGUCAUGGCCAGGUACAGGACGAUGGCAAACGACGUGGCGGAUUGACACUUAAGGUACCGAGAGAUGCUAUGGGAAAGAAGAAGCGACGAAUGGCCAACGAGGUGCAUUGCGACUACUUGCAACGACACAAUAAAACAGCCAACCGUCGACGUACCGAUCCCGUUGUGGUUCUCUCGUCUAUACUGGAGCAUAUACUGAAUGAGCUGCGCUCCAUGCCAGACGUAUCCCCAUUUCUCUUUCCGGUAAAUGCCAAACGCGUACCAGAUUAUUAUCGUGUGGUCACGAAGCCCAUGGAUCUGCAGACCAUGCGCGAGUACAUUCGCCAGCGUCGUUACACCAGCCGCGAAGUUUUCCUCGAGGAUCUCAAGCAAAUCGUGGACAACUCGCUGAUUUACAAUGGAUCACAGAGCGCUUAUACGGUAGCUGCACAGCGCAUGUUUAACAGCUGCUUUGAGCUGCUUUCCGAGCGCGAGGAUAAGCUGAUGAGGCUUGAGAAGGCAAUAAAUCCUCUCCUGGAUGAUGACGAUCAGGUGGCACUGUCUUUCAUUUUCGAUAAGUUACACACACAGAUCAAAACUCAAUCCGAGAGCUGGCCUUUUCACAAGCCAGUCAACAAGAAGGCAAUCAAGGAUUACUAUACGGUUAUCAAGAAGCCCAUGGAUUUGGAAACGAUUGGCAAGAAUAUUGAAAACCACGUUUAUCACAGUCGCGCUGAAUAUCUAGGGGACAUCGAGUUAAUUGCUGCCAAUUGCGAGCAAUACAAUGGCAGCGAAGCGCAGUAUACCAAGUAUGCCAAGAAGAUGGUGGAGUAUGCUCACUCGCAGCUAGUAGAGUUUGCUGAUCAUUGCGCCCAGCUUGAAGAGAACAUUAUGAAGACCCAGGAACGGGCCAGAGCAAACGCUCCCGAAUUUGAAGAGGCCUGGGGCAACGAGGACUAUGAACUGAGCCGCAGCAGGGCCAGUUCGCCCGGCGAUGAUUACAUCGAUGUGGAGGGUCAUAGCGGACUGGGACUUGUGACACCCAAUUCAAUACAUCGGACCAUGGGUGCCGACAGUAAUCUAUCGCAUGGUACGACUCCGGCGCGUAAGCCGACGAUGCCUGCAGGUAGCGAGGUGAAACGCGGUCGUGGUCGUCCACGUAAGCAACGUGAUCCCGUGGAGGAGGUCAAAAAUGCAAAUCCGGUUAAACGUGGUCGGGGCCGUCCCCGUAAGGACAGCCUUGGCUCUAAUAUGAGUCAGACGCAAGCUUACUUUCUGGACGAAGAUCUGCAAUGCUCGACAGAUGAUGAUGAGGACGAUGAGGAGGACUUCCAGGAAGUUUCUGAAGAUGAAAAUAAUGCUGCACAUAUUUUGGAUCAGGGAGAGCGUAUACAUGCGCCCAACGAUGGAAUGGAUUAUAUCGAUCCAAAGAACAUCAAAACAGAAAUCGAUAUCGAGGCACAGCAAAUGGCAGAUGAAUCUAUGGAUGUGGAUCCUAAUUAUGAUCCCUCAGACUUCCUGGCCAUGCACAAGCCACGUCAAAACUUUGGCGAAAACUAUAAUGCUACGAGCGCUUUCUCUGAUUUUAUGGCUCAAGCUCAGGAUGACAACGGUCAGUAUAAUCCGCCGGAAGCAAGCACUAGUGCUGCAGCAGUUACCCAGCAGGAGGAGGAUUUGCCGUCGACAUCGAGCAAUAACAAUGCCAUGGGCAUAGAUGACGAUCUCGAUAUAUCUGACAGUGAUGACGAGGAUAAUAAUGGUGUGCGCAUCAAGAAGGAAGUGUUCGAUGAUGCCGAACUGGCUGCGCAACAGUCCCAUCAGCAAUCCGCGCAGCAAAUAUAUCUGCUGGAUGAAUCCAAUGAGCCCGUCCAGCCAGUUGACUACCAGCAAGAGUCUAACUAUCAACCCGGACAGGAUCUUGAGCAACUCCAGUCAACAAAUAUGCAACAGCAGCCGGAGCCGCAGCCGACACAAGGCGAAAAUGAUUACGAUUGGCUGACUUUUUAG